AUGAAAGUUAAAACAACUUACACUAAAAAAACAUGUUGUAAAAAUUGUCAUGAACGUAAUAAAAAGUCCAAUGCCCAUCUUGAAAUCACAAGACUUACACAAGAAUUAGAAGAACAAUGA